UAUAUAAUUUCCGGUGAGGGGGUUGAUAAGGAUCCUGAGAGAAACUUGUUCACAAUUGACAAAGAGACUGGAGAAAUAUUUGUUCAUCACAAAGUUGAUCGUGAGCAAACUCCAUCAUUAAUGUUUAAAGUUGAUGCAAUGGAUAAGGAUACUUUGAAGAUAAUUGAUGACCACAUGUUAUAUAGAAUUCAAGUGAUUGAUAUCAAUGACAAUCCUCCUAAAUUCAACCAAGAUGUAUAUAAUAUUGAUGUAUUGGAAAGUACACAUCCAGGGACAAGUGUCUUCAGAGUAAAAGCAGAAGAUCCUGAUGAAAUAAGCAAUGGUAAUGGACGAGUUUCAUUCUCUAUUAUGUCUCAAAAUCCUAAAAUACCUGCAGGAAUGUUUGGUAUUGAUAAAGACAAUGGAACCAUUUUUCUUCAAAAAUGUUUAGACUAUGAGGCAAUCAAAUCUUAUUCAUUAAUCAUUAGAGCAAGAGACAAUGGACAUAAUGUGUUUUCAUCUUCUGCCGAAGUGAAGAUCAAAGUGAAGGAUUCCAAUACCCAUCCUCCUAUUCUCAUUCAGAAAAGUGCUGCAGCAGUUAUCAAUGAGACUGACAAAAACAUGGUCAUAUUACGAGUAGGUGUUACUGAUCAAGACACUCCCAAUACACCAGCCUGGAGGGCAAAGUUUAAAAUACUGGAAGGGAAUGAAAAAGGAAAUUUUAAAAUGGAAACUGAUCCAGAAACAAAUGAGGGUCUGCUGAGUCUGAUAAAGUCUCUGGAUUAUGAACUUGGUCCUAAAAGAAAUCUUAAAAUAACUGUGGAGAAUGAAGAGCCAUUUUUCACAUGUCUGGAUACAAACCUUAUAGAGCCGGAAACGUUAUCUGCAGUUAUUACUGUGAAGGAUGUGAAUGAUCCCCCAGUGUUUGAUCCUCCAACGUUAGUUGUUCAUGAGCGUGAAGGUGAAGCACCUGGAAAAGUUCUGGGAAAAUUCAACGCUUAUGAUACUGACAAAUUUUAUAAACAUUCCAUCAAAUAUGCUGAAGGUCAUGAACCAGCGGAAUGGGUGACUGUAGAUUCAGAAACUGGUGUUGUCACAGCAGUAAAAGAAUUGGAUCGAGAAUCCCCUUACGUGAAUAACAGUGUUUACAUAUUUACAGUGUAUGCAAUUGAACUUGGUGAGAAUCCCAUAACAGGAACUGGCACAAUGUCUAUUAUCCUGUCAGACAUUAAUGAUAAUCUGCCAUAUCUGAAAACUGAAUAUGAAGACAUGUGUGAUGAUGGAGAAGUUCAAUUUAUAACUGUUGCAGCAAAUGAUCAGGACCUAGAGCCCUUCAGUGGUCCCUUUACAUUUGAAUUGUUGGACAAUGAACAAAAUAUAAAGAAAUACUGGAAAUUAGGUGAACCGACAGAUACUACUGUUCAGCUCCACAGAAUAAGUAUUGUUCCCGUUGGAAAUUACAGCAUACCUUUCAAAAUCCGAGAUAGGCAAGGAAUUUCCAAGGAAAGUUCACUAAAUUUAUAUGUUUGCCAUUGCACCGAUGGGAAAACAUGUCCUGCUCCAAAGCCUGCAACAUCCUUCUUGGGCAAGGCUGCAACUGGUCUUCUCCUUGCUGGUUUAUUAUUUUUAAUUUUGGGAUUAUGUUUACUCCUGUUUUGCACAUUUAAAAAGGCAUUUUUGAAACCUUAUCAUGAACCUGUGUGGACCUUGAUUAAAUACAAUGAUGAAGGAGUUCUUGUAGAUAAUCAGAAGCCAGCACGUUUUCUUUCAUCACAAGUAGUUUCCAAUGAAGUUGGGCUGAGUGCUGAAAGAAAUACAAUCAAUUAUGGCAGUCAAAGAUGUGUUGGAGGGUUGAGAUCCAAUGUCAAAGGGACAAUAAGACAAAUGAGUGUCCAUGAUUCAAGAGCAUUGUCUCCUAGAAGCAAUUCGCAUAUUUAUGGAGAUGGCAAAUUAAGAAUGAAUAACAUGUCACAAAGAUUUAGCACGUUUGGUUUGGCUAAGAGGCACAGUAUGGACCAUUCAUCGCAUGCAAGUUCAAUAUUCAGCACAAGGAAUUCUUCACUCUUUUACAGGGCACAAGAUUGGGGUACCAAGGAAAAGAUGGAACUGGAUGCAGAACUAGCAGAGGCUGUCUAUAAGCCUUGUGUAUAUAGCUAUGAAGGAGAAGAAGCAAGUAUGCUAACUCUUGAUUCCAUCAGCCGGAUUGAAGAUAACAUAAGCUUAAGCUUCUUGAAUGAUUUGGAACCAAAGUUUAAAACACUGGCAAAAAUAUGUCAAGAUAAGAAUCCACAUUUAAGUCAACAGAUAUAGAUCAAAGCUGGGCUAUCAAUGCCUUUUAUUUAGCCAAUUCCUAACUAAAUUGAAUAACUUCAGUUUAUGACAUUUGCAUAGUGAUAAAAAUUAUAUUUCUCAAUGGUUCUGGUUCAGUUGUUGCAUGUUAUAACAAGCUUGCACAUUGAACCAAAAUGACUUCAUUGUGACUUCUAAGGCAACCCUAUGCAAUACUGUGGAACAUUCAGACAUUUGAAUUUCUGCGGUGUUUCCUAGAUUAUCACGACUGGCUGAUCAUGAGAUUAAAAAAGCAAAUUCAAAUCUUAGAAAAAUAACCAGCGUUUUGGAAAUUUCUGCAAUAGACCAAACAAGUGAGGAGAAUUAUACUGGAAAUUAAAUUCCAUAAAUUGUAGUUUAUGCAAAAACUGGGGACAAGUUUUGACAACGUUUCAUGCGGUUUUUACAGUUCUGACUCAUUGCCAAUUAAGGAUUGAAAAUGUGUUCAGCUCGCUCUUGCAUUUUCUUUGCAAAGCUAUUUUAACUGUUUGAAAAGGCUGUAAAUAUUUCAUAUAGCAAGAGGAGUAUUACAUUUUUCUACAUAAAAGGAAUAUUCUAUUAUAUUAAUAUUCCUUUUCUCAGGUAUUUUCAGUGUUGAAACAUAGGAUUCAAUUAUCAUUUGGCACUACAUUAACAAAAUAGUAGGACAUCAUCAUUCCUGACUUAACUGCAAUACUUAUUAAUUAGACAAGUCCAGAGUAGUUGCCACUCUCUACAUGCCUCUUCAUUGCAAAAACUUCACAGGGGUAAAAAAGCACCCUGAAACACUUCAUUUCCUUGCCCUUUUCUCCUGCAUUAACCAGGAAAAGGACACUGUUACUGUCAAAAUCCUGCUUGGUGAGGGGAUACUCCUGACAUUUCAAUUUUGCUUGACAAACUUCAAGUGAAGUAGAUUAAGGUCAUUAUUGUAGUUGCAAGUCUUGGCUCAAUGUUAUCCCGCCAGCAGAAUUUUUAAUCUAUAUUUGAAUGUAAGAUGACAGGUUCACCAUUUGGAAUUCUAUGUUUUUCUGCAUUAGCUUUACUUAACUGUUAUACUGGGGUCUUGGAAUAGUGGGCUGUGUAAAUAUUGUGUAUUUUUUUUACAGGGAUUUGAAAAAUGUACAUUGAAUUGUUUUAGACAGCAAUUCUUUUGGAGUAUGAAUUAUCUUGAGAAUUGGUGAAGCUGGUUUUGAUCUUUAAGUAUGCAACUUUAAACACUUUAUAUUUUUGUUAAAAAAGGGUUUAUAUGAAAUAUAGUUCAAUAUGAAAUACUGUAUGUUUAAA